UACUCUUCCCGAUGGGCUCUCGGUGCUUAGGAAAAAGCUCUUCUUUCCUCCUUGUUGGCUCACAAUGUGUGGAUUUAAGAGAAUUUGCCAGUAUAUAUCAUAGGGUUUAAGGUUUCAACCGAAUGGCGGCGGAUGCGGUGCGAGCGGAGCAAAUCAAGCAGACGAUCAUUGCCCUUGGGGACGAGAACUUCAGGAAACUAGUCGAUCCAAGGCCAGGUGAGAUCGUUGCGUCUCUGCCAUUCCCCGGUUUGCCCUGGUCUAGAACAGGCACGAGGCCGCCUAAGGUCUUCGAUUUUGUAACUCGGCAGGAAUACGGGAAGAUACUUUCGCGUCUUGUUGAAAAGAUUGGGGAGAACCCAUCCUUGGAUGUCUCAUGCGUAGUUUCCUUGAGUGGCGUAAAGGGUUCAGGGAAAUCAUGUUUUUUGCGGGCCUUGGCCAUCUUGCUUAUCUCGGCCCAGAUUCCGAAAGUCAGGAUCAUAUGCAUCUGGUACUUAGAUGCGACGGCCCCUCUCGUCCCACAGAUUACGGCCGCACUCUACUUCGCCUUCAGCGAUGACGCCGAAGCUGUCGAGAAGAUUGGGUUUAUUGACUCCCCUGACAGCCUGGAUGCUUUUCUGAAAAUCAGAGUUCAGAAUGAGAAGUUCUUUCUCUUGGUUGAUGGCGCAGAACGCUACGAUAAGUCACACAAGAACGGUUCACCUAGGCGUUUGGAGGAUACAGAAGAUGCACAGGCAGCCAGACGCUGGCUAGAUGUCUUUUACAAGUGGUCUACUCACAGGUUCCAGACAUUUUCCCACAACGUAACUCGGGUGGACGUAACACAUAUCAACGAGCAUUUCAACUGUCUUUUCACCACGGAGGAGUACAAUACAUUUCUCACGACUUGUAAAAUUCUCGGCCCGAUGCUCCGAGAGAAUCCUGACCGUGUCGCUGUGGUGGACCAUCUUGCUGGGAGACAUCCUAUGUCCUUGUACCUGCUCGAGGAAAAAUGUGCGCAGUACGUGAACACAAUAACUGGUAAUGCUUUCAACAAGCGGAAAGUUGAGAAUCCGCUCGCGAUGGCCGUAUUGAAGCGGAAGACUGAAACCGGGCCGGUGCCCGCUAGGUUUACGACUGAGAUAGUUUCGUCUGCUUAUUGUUCGCCACCCGGCCAUAAAUUCCUUGCUGAUGCUUGCGACUGGAGUGAGGUUGUCUGGUUAUUCAGGGAGGAUGAAAAUUUCCAGUCAAUGCGGAAGCAGCCCGAACUUGUGGACGGAUUUCUUCUCCCUAUUGCCGGCCAGGAGUCUUCAAUUCCGUGCACUCCGUUUAUCCGAGAACUCGAUCUCCAGAUGCGUUUGUUAAGGAGGGAGAGGCAUGCGUACCGAACUCCGCAGAUGCGUGCGCUCCUUCAACAGCUACUGAAGGAAAGGAACACCGUUUGGCCCCAAGUAGGAUACAUAUGCGAGGGGAUUGUAGCAGAGGCUGUAUUGGACGAGGGCUUCUGUUUUCGAGGCACCAACUACCAGGCGGAUCGGGUUGAAAGUUUAUCUGGCAAGCCGAAGCUGAUAACCGCCAGCGACUUGAACACGAACGAGAAGGUUUUCUACAUGACAGGAUCGUUUAAUUUCAAGUACGUUGACGGAUUGCUUGUCUGGAAGGACGGGCACGGAAUGCUGCACUUCUGGUUCGUUCAGGUGUGCCUUAACCCCGGAGCUCACAGGGGUACAGAGUUUAAGUUCGUGCGUCGAGAAGAAUUUAUACAGUGGACAAUCCUUACUGAUCCUUUCAAGCUAUAUUAUGUGUACGUCUGCCCGAGGCCGACUUCUCUUCCGUCGGAGGAGCACGAGGAAAACAGGACGUUAGAACAAGGAACUCCGGAGAAGACUAACAAGCCGACAUCCAGGAAGAAAGGAACUCCGGAGAAGACUAAGGGCACUAAGAACAAGGAAGCGAAGGAACUGGUGACGCAUUAUGAGCAGGACGACGGCACAGUUGCAUACACAAAAGCAGAGAUUUCUUUUGACAGGUGUUUGCGGUUGACAGAGGAGGAAAUUGCGCUGCUAAAGGAGUUGGGCAAAUUGAGGGAGAGGCUUGCAAACGAAAAGAAGGCCAAGAAGAAGCAGAGAGAGAACGAAGAGGAUGAGCAGCUGGCCGACAAACAGAAAUACCGUGGGAUGUUUCUCAGAGCGGAAUUGCAGGACAUUGCUGAGAAGUACGGAAUCCCAGAUGCGUCCUCAAGGAAGAAGUUCCCCAGCACACCCGACCUGAUUCUAGCGAUUCCACUCAACGGUUUAAUGGAAGCUGAAGUUGCUAAAAUGAAAGCCAAGCAGAAAGCCGGGCGCAAACGGUUGAAGCAUUAUCUAAAUUAAGCGUGAAUUCCUGUU